GGUCAUCAUACUGUCUAUUGAUUGGGGAAUUUUAAAACAAGUAUAUUUUUGUUCUUCUUAACUGAACUGGUGCAACUGAAAUGAACAGGUCAUUAGUUUUGCACUAAUUUAUUGUACCGGUUCAAUAGUGCAGCUAAAAAGAACAGACCAUAUAUGUCUAUGAAUUUUUGGGCACACGUGAGGUUAACACGCUUCUGUACAUACAUAUUUCCGGAAUUAUUGUUAAACGGUGUGCUUCUAACAUCAUAAAAUUUCUUUCUAGGUAAAUAUGGUGGAGGAAAUUCAAAAGAAACUUCAGAAUGAAGUUGACAAAUUAAGGCAAGUCCAAAAAGACUACAGCAAGGCAAUAAACAAGAGGCAACAAUUAGAUGGACAAUUGAAUGAGAACAUCGCAGUUAAGAAAGAAUUAGAUCUUUUGAAGCAAGACAACGAUGUUUUCAAGUUAAUCGGACCGGUUCUUGUGAAGCAAGAUUUAGAUGAAGCUAAGCAAAAUGUUACAAAACGCAUGGAUUACAUCACAGCUGAAUUAAAACGUAUGGAGGAAUUGAUUGCUACCUUGGAUAAGAAAAUGGAUACUCACAGAGAGGCACUCGAGAAGAUACAGCAAACGUUCCAGCAAGCUCAGAUCAAAGCAUCAUUAUCUCAACAGAAAGCAUAACAUUACAAUCAUACGGCUUUGUGAAGUUAUAUUUGAUCGUGUAAUUAACUAUAAAUACUUGAGUAACAAGAUCUGUACAAGUGAUGUACCAUUUCUUGUUUUAUUUAUUUAUACUGCGCACGAGUAAUGAGUCAUCUGGCUGUAUAUCACUUGAACGUAUUCUAUGUAAAUUGAAAAUAAUGUGAAUUCCA